AUCCCUGCCAGUUAUUUCACCCAGAUUGCAGGAGCAAUGUACUCUGAUCACAGUGGGGACUGCUUGUAUACGACCCCUCAAGGACCUGAAGUUAGAACAAUAAGGACUAGCACAGGACGCCUGCCGGCGAAACGCAAACUGGACCUCGAAGGAAGUGGACAUCAGUAUUUACAGGAAUUUCGAACUCCGAAAGGCAAAGGCAAAAUGCCGGCCAGGAUCCCUAGCCCGAAAACUCCCAAGUCCCCCGGGGAGAAAACGAGAUACGACACCUCGCUCGGCCUUCUGACCAAGAAAUUCGUCCACCUCCUCAGCGAGUCCCCUGAUGGUGUCCUGGACCUGAACCGAGCUGCCGAGGUCCUCGAAGUCCAGAAGAGGCGGAUUUACGACAUCACCAACGUUUUGGAAGGAAUCCAGCUCAUCCGGAAGAAAUCCAAGAAUAACAUUCAGUGGAUGGGCCGCAGUCUGUUUGAAGACACGUCAGUUGUGGCGAAGCAGCAGUGCCUCAGGCAGGAUUUGACUGACCUCGUGUGGAAGGAGAGGUCCCUCGAUGACCUCAUCCAAAACUGCAGCACGCAGCUUAAAAUGCUGACGGACGAUGAGGAAAAUCAGCGGCUAGCUUAUGUCACGUACCAAGAUAUCCGCUCGAUUGAAAGCUUCCAGGACCAGACGGUGAUCGCGGUGAAAGCGCCGCCAGAGACGAGGCUAGAGGUGCCUGUCCCUCAGCAGGAGAACCUCCAAAUUUACCUGAAGAGCACCAAUGGUCCAAUCGAGGUGUACCUGUGCCCGGAGGAAGUAGCAGAGGAGAGCAGCCCGACGAAGCACAGCACGCCCAAGAAGGAGGACAGUGGCUUCUCCGCAGCAUUCCCGAAGACCGAGCUGGGGGCACGGCCUCAGGCCCAGAGUGAACCUGAUUGUCCGAAAAUUGUCUGCAAGCUUGAAGUUAAAGAGGAAGACGACCUGAAACCAGUCUUGUCGAAUUCACUGCUGGACUGUGAAGAUGGAGUCCUCGGCCUACCUCAUCACCUCCUCCAGCAGACGGAGGACCAACUCCCUUCCACAUCCUACGGCGAUGCCCCUUUCGUCAGCUUCUCACCGCCCUUGGACCGGGAGGACUACCUGUGGAGCCUGGAGGAUGGGGAAGGAGUCAGCGAUCUCUUCGACUCCUAUGACCUGGACGAACUGCUCCGCAACUAGCCCCGCCCACUACCCCCCUCCAACUCUCCCCCAGCCCCACAGCUCCUCGGCCCAGAGGUUUUAUUUUUUUAAUAGUGAUCGUGACUGUAUCGAAUGACUGUAGAGGAAGGCAGCGGCCCCGCAUAUUUAACCUUGACCACUUAAAGGGGCAACACCAGACUUUCUGCCAACAUCGCCGUGGCAUCUUGGGAGUUGGCAGGUUCUUGACAUUCCCAAC